GAGGCUGGCUCUCCUGCAGAGGGAGGGACCGGGUGUUCAGAGGGCAUGGAGCUUUAUUCACCACACAAACACACACACACACACACACACUUACACACACACAGAGAGGCUCGGCAAAACUGCUCCCAGGCCCAGAGAAACAGAGGGGAGCAGAGGAGGACGACACGCUUGCUGGACCGUCAGACUUGCUGAGGAACCACGGGGGGGCAGAUGCCGUCACCAACCAAACCCCUGACAGCGAGGAGGUUUCCAACAAAAGACGCACCGACCGACCGCAGUGGAGAUACAAACAGUCUAGGAUGAGCCUCCGGAUGUCCAGGAGGAGGUCCACAGGUGACCUGGUGCCAAAGGACAUCACUGAGAUCUUAGCCAGAGAAGCAAAGGCUCAGCGUGGACAGAAGACGCAAGCACGGUCUCUGGGUCAGGCCUUCAACUGGCUGAGGAGAAGUAAGAGGAAGAAGAAGAGCACCGGACCUAACCGGGCUUUCAACGACGUGACAGAAAACACCGCUGAACUUCAGAACCACGACGAAGCCGGCCCAAAGGGAAAUGAAGACCAGAAGAGGUUGGCAGUGCAUUACAGAGCCUCUCAGCACUACCAGGAGAAUGUUUUCAUCGAGGGCAGCAGGCCUCGGUACCUGGAAGACCUCCACUCUGAAGCUCAGGAAGGCCUGAAGAUCCAGCAGCAGCAAGAACACAGAAACAGGCAGAACAUUCCUGAUAAUGAAAGCAUUGCUUCCUCUGAGAAUCUCUGUGUGGAGCAAGACGUGGGUUUUCCAGAGUCCAGAUCCAACAGCAGGAGUCCUGAGACCUCAGAUCCGCUGACUCACAAAGGUUCUACAUUCAAGCCUUCAAGUCCAGUGAAAAGAUCAGAUGGCAGCAAGAAGAGAGUCAGGAGGACCACCAUCAUGGGUAUCCCCCACCAGGUCCAUAAAGAACUAGCUCAGAGCAGAGGCUCCACCUUCCAGCCGCUUGGUUCGACUCAGCUCCCAAGUGAAGGAAACCAGGAUCAAGCAGGUCUGGUCGUCAUCCCAACGGUUGAUGGAGGAACUCCUGCUGUGAAGAAGGAAGGAGCCAGAGUCCACCUUUCAGAGCUGGAGGCAUCCAGACAAAAAGAAAGGAUGAGAAGGCCUACUGAUGAACCCCAUCAAGAUGAGCAGCCAAACAAUAACCAAGUCUUUGACUCCCAUCUCUGUCGGACAUCCAACUUGAGGCCUAAGUCUGUCGCAGUACCUGGCAUGGUGUCUUCCUUUUCAAUGUCUCCUUCAAUCCUCAAUUUCCUCCAGGAGCCCCAGGGUCCUGUCAUGUCCAUUUCUCCUCAGGCCACUUACUUGUCUACAAUCAUCCCUAAUGCUGUCUUGCCAGCUUCUGUCGAAGUCAUUGAGAUCGACCGCAGCUUUAGCCGGACCUGUGGCAGCAGUGUCAAUCAUGACAGCAGUGUUUGCGCCGUAAGCAAAAACAGUCUGACGUCUGGGGACCUAUCAAUCAGCCCUAUGGUGUCCGGGAGUUCUGAUGAUAAUUGUUCCCAUCCUGGCUCUUCUCAUGACUCUGCACUAUUGCCACCGUCAACAUCAGGAUCCAACUGGAGCGAGUCACAAUCUUCACAGACAAUUACUGCAAAGCCCUCACCUGCGUCUUCUGAAUGGGCAGAUGGGAGUGUGCAGGAAAAACAGGCAGCUCUGCCCUGUGAGAACCAAGACUUUUCUCAUCCCCACAGCCCUGUUGAGUUUACUGACAGUCCUGGCAGUAACUGUGUGAAGGCCGCAGAGAUAAGGUCAAAGUGUGGUGCAAAAGAGUCGACAGUUCCAGAAGAACCAGGUAACACCAAACGCAGCUUCACUCGUUGUCUUUCAAUAAUGAAAACGAAGCAACCACCAGCACCACCACGGAGGACAAACUCUCUGCAUAAUAAUAAAAUAAGAAAGAACUCCAGAAUUGUAGUAGACAUAAAAGACAUUAGCAAUACUGCUUCCACUGAAGUGAAAACCUCAUCAGAAGAUGCUGCAAAGGCAGAAACUACAAAGAUCACAUUGAUUCUCCCAACUAUAUCAAACUCUGUUGAUUCUAGUUCUAAAGAAUCUUCCUCCACUUCUCUGAAUCCCGUUCUGACGUCUUCUAACCAGGCAGGAGAGCCACUGCUAGAAUCCAGUUCCUCCUCCCCACAGAAAACACCUAUAGAUGGGGAGAAAUUUGAACGGACAAUGUCCCCUUCCAGUGGCUACUCCAGCCAGAGUGGCACACCAACCCUUUCCCCUAAAGGAAUCUGCCCAUCCUCCCCAAAUGACCAGAACAAGAAACCAAUCAAACCAGAGAGAUCAAUGUCUCGAGCUUCAUCUUCAGCAGCCUCCCCCUCUUCCUCGCUCACCUCUUUAUCAUCAGGUACAUCUGAGCUUGUUAAUCCAGAUGUUUCCAUCAACAGUCUGACUGUCCAUCAUCAGGGUUCAAAUGUUCCUGCAAAAGAACUUGAGUGUAAAAACAAUCUAUCAAGCUUUAGAGGUGAAAUCACAGCAAUGCUGAACAUCCCACCACCUCCUAAAGUCAAAGCACCAAGUGCUCCUCCUCCAGAAACAUGGGCUCACAACAGACACUCUGUAGAACUCCUCUGUGGGCCAGGUCCCAACGUCAAUAGGUUAGCUGGGAUACUUGCACCAAAGCAGGAUAUUGUAGAAACAGAAAGUAAAAAAAUGGGACAAGGCACACAUGAAAAUCAGACAAACACAGAAAAACCUGUCUUAGAAAUUUCUAAGAAUGAAGCCAAUCCAGAUUCCUUGUGUGUAAGAAAUCUUCAAGGUACCAUCAAGGAGCAGGUAGGAGAGGAAUGUCCAGGUACAGAAAAAACUGAUGAAGACACUCAAACAGGAAAGAGUUGUAGUCCUGUUCUGAAGGAACCACAAAACCAAGGGACUAUGCUAAGGAAAGAACCUCCUCCUGUCAUGAAGAAACCUCUGGUCAUGCCACACAGAAAGGAAACAGAGCUGUCAAUUGUGGUGUAUUGUGGGGAAGGAAGCAGCAGUGACUCAAUGGCCUUUUCCAAGAACCCAGUGACCGUUUCACCCGAAAUGAGGGACAAGAAUUCCAAGUCAACAGUUCAAACUCUUUCAGUGGAGCUUCCCACUAUGAGUAAGACCUCACCACCACCAACCCCGCCUCCACCGUACCACCCUACACCCCCUGCGUUAAGGAAAACACCCCCAUUUAUACCAACAAAAGAAUCACAGGAGCUCCAGGAGGAGCUAUCUUUUGUGGAUUCUUGUUGGCCACCUCCUCCGCCUCCUCUUGAAGCCGAGUCUGCCUUUGACAGAGGGGUAGAGGUAGAUUUCCCUCCUCCUCCCCCACCAGUCCUCACAGACAUUGUGGCAGAUAUUCUGGACAGUCUAUUACCAACAGCAGUGACUGACAGCAAACCGCAGGCUGCUGUGGAAGCUUUACAAUGUGCCAGUGAGGCCUUCUCCCCAUCAGCACGAGAGGAUUCAUCUCAGACGAUUGAAGUCUCGCCACCACCGGUGGAAUUGCCUCCUGCAUCGCCUGUUACAAAAGCAGGAAGCCCAGAGUCAGUCCCCCAACUAAUUCCUGACUACAGUUUUCCAAAGCAAAUGCCUCAAAAACCUGACUAUCAGACUUCCACUGACACUCAAGUCAAUUCUGAGCGAUCAGAUGAAUCUGCUGUGCCAGCAGUGCCCCUGCCUCCAACAGACAGUUUGAGCCAUGGGGUUAAUUUCAGAAGGCAAUCCAGUGGAGGAUAUAGAGAUACUAGGAGCAAGGAGCUACUCUCACGCCACAAAAGUGUACCAAUCCCUAAAGAGGACGCCAAUAUACCACUUGUCACACCCUCCCUGCUGCAAAUGGUUCGCCUCAGAUCCGUCAGUGUGACUGAAGAUCAGGUGCAAGCGCCAUCUGACGACAAAUCCCCAACUGCAGGGUCUCCCAUUCAGGAGCAAUGUGAAGUCCCAAUCCAAGGUCCGCAAAACAUUCCUCAAAAGCCCAUCCGUAAGUCUUUGUCACUGAAAUCUUUCCCCCAGACUGUAAAAGCUUCCUCCAUGACAACAAGCUCGUCUUCGUCACGUCUCCAGGAAGCCAUACGGAUGAAAACUGCAGCCAUGUCCUCAAACGAUGGCCUUUUCUGCAACGUGAGAUCACCCACUUCUUGCUGUGUGAGUGAGCGAGGCACACAGGCCCUGAAAUCAACUGAAGGGUGUGACAUGUACAAAUCCACAGCCUCCACCGCAAGCUUCAUAUUCUCCAAGAGCACAAAAAGAGUCAUCAUAGAGACCUCCAUGGAGCCUCAGGCUAGUCUGAAGCAGAGCUUGGCAGCAGAGUUCAGGCAGAUGUCCAGCCAACCAAUAGCGCUCCUAAAUGGCAGCAUUAAGGUUGACAAAGUUCCUCCACCAGUUGCCAAGAAACCAGCACAUGGCAGCAUGAGCCCCUCGCACAACUCUAAAAGCUGUUCAGAAAAGGUCAAAGUUAAGGUAGAAGGAAACGGAACAGCAGGCAGAGUGCUGGGCCCAACUGGGGGAUCACUUCCUGCAACAACGACUAGAGUGACGGCGGACACGAUCGAGACACUGUUUUGAAAGAGAAACGGCAGCAUCCUGGUUCUCAAGAGGAACCUGAGAGGACUUCAACCAAGCAAAUGGACACCUUACUGAGAGACACCAGGCCGUUUUCUUUCCAGAAGCCUUAGCCUGUAAUGGCCUUUCUACACAUUUAUGCAAAAAGGAUAGAACUAUUACUCUCAGAUUCCCAAGAGUAUUUUUCUAAGGUGUAGCUUAUCUUCUAUUAGGGCCCUCAGGGUGGUGUGAAACGGCUGCAUGUUUGGCUUAAGUGAAAUCGCCUCCCAGAGGUUAAAUAAGGUCGUUGAAACUGAAGUUCAUGGACAAGCAAGUUCUUCCCCGUUACUUCAUGCUUAAUGACCCUCACAGGGAAAUGCGGCUCUAUUAGAUCCGCCUGUGACGACGUCUCCAGUCAGUCCUGCUUUUCACUGUUAAAACAAAGGGAUGCUGCAUUUGUAAAGCAACCAGUUGUAAAUACUUGACCAAAAUAAAAAUAAAAGAUUUUAUUAGUUAAAGUACGGUAGCUCUUAAAAUGUCAGAUUCUGAUUUGUUUCUAUUUAUUAAUGCCUGGCUCUCCGUUGCCGACCCCUUUUUCUCACUGUGACUGUGCCGACAGACGUGGACACACUGGAGUGGUUGCUUUGAGGUUUUUAAUCAAAUUUCUAAAACUUUUGACUCCAGCUUUUUUCAUGCAAAUCCAGGUCUUAAGUGUUUGCACAAAAUUCUUUGCUGCAGCUGAAUCCCAGGUGAGACUUUGUAAUGGAUGGAGAGUUCUGACUGUGUACAAUUAUUUCUAUAAAUAAAAUAUAAGGAUACUGAA